AAUCAAUCAUCGAGUACCUAAUACACCAACUCCCAAGAUCUCUCAGCCAGUGAACAAAAUUAACACUAGGAAUCCUUAUUCUAUACACAUCCAACCGCGGCCAACGUUUCGCAGAAUAUGCUGUCCAUUUUGCGAAAAGCGCGCCUCAAGGAUAAGGAGAUGCGAAUCCUGAUGCUGUGUGUUGCAGUUGGCCUGGAGGUUUGGGAUAGAAGACUGACAAAGGACAGUGGCCUAGACAACGCAGGCAAGACGACCAUUGUGAAAAAGAUAAUGGGAGAGGACGUGAACACAGUGAGCCCAACACUAGGGUUCAUUAUCAAGACGAUCGAGUAUGAGGGAUACAAGCUGAAUAUCUGGGACGUGGGCGGUCAGAAGACGCUGCGAUCUUACUGGAGGAACUAUUUUGAGAAGACAGAUGCGCUGAUCUGGGUGGUUGACGCCACUGACCGACUCCGAAUCGAAGAUUGCAGAGACGAGCUGCAAGGAUUGCUGCAAGAAGAGCGUCUUGCAGGAGCGAGCCUGCUGGUGUUUGCGAACAAGAUGGAUGUGGACGGAUGCAUGACAGAGCAAGAGAUUCUCGCGUCUCUGCAACUGGAGUCCAUACGGACACACCACUGGCACAUUUUGCCAUGCAGUGCCAUGACGGGCAACAAUCUCAAGGAGGGAUUGGCGUGGGUGGUGGAAGACGCCAAGAAGCGACUGUUCCUCUACUGAAUGGCGUUGCAACACAACAAAUUGAAUCUACAUACCCUUUUUGUUGAAACAAGCAAUCCAUGUGUCACACAGCCUCAAGCUGAAUGCGGGUGUCC